AUGAGCCCAUUCCGCCUGGUUUAUGGCAAGGCUUACCAUCUUCCAGUGGAGAUAGAGCACAAAGCUUAUUGCGCUGUAAGAGAAUGCAAUCCAGGAUUUGGGGGGGCCAGAAUCGAGAGAAAGUUACAACUAGUAGAAUUGGAGUGUCUUAGGUUGGAAUCUUAUGAGAAUUCUAGGUUGUACAAGGAGAGAAUGAAAGUGGUGCAUGAUAAGAAUAUCAGAAGCAGAGAAUUUAGAGCCGGAGAACUCGUCCUACUCUACAACUCUAGAUUGAGAUUGAUGCCAGAAAAGCUAAGAUCAUGGUGGGAAGGGCCUUAUAGAGUAGAGAAGGCGGAACCAUAUGGGGUUUAUCACUUGAGACAUCCUUCAAGCCCCACAAUCUUCAAGGUUAAUGGUCAUCAUCUGAAGCUAUACCAGAGAGAAGAUGAAAAGCAACAAAGAGGUUGA